AUGGAUCCACAACAAAUAUUAAACGAGUUACAAGCGCAAAAAAAGACGGUCGACGGCAUUUUGUCGAAGCUCAAAUACGCAUCGAAAAACAGUGACGUCACUCUCUACAACCAAAAAAAGACUGAAUUAGUCCAGGCGAUCAACCAAUUAGCAAACACGCUUGAAAAGGCAGAGAAAGUCCCCGAAAGCACUAUAGAGGACAACCCUCAACUGAACUUCUCUGCUAAAGUAAAGCAAUACAUCGACUUCGGGUCGUCAAUUGAAGCUAAUAUGCCACCACCCCCACAACAAUCAUUUGGCGAUCAAGGUACUGCUGAGAAUCAACCACUUAUUGGAUACGAUGAUGGAAGUCGACUCACAGACCAAAGCAAUUUGGUUAUGGAAAUGCAUAAAGACGACACUCAACAAAUUAGUGAUAUUACAACUCGAAUGAAAGACUUGAACACGGGGUUCACUAAACUCCACUUCCUUGCAGAAAUCCAACAAACGCAGUUGGACAAUAUUUAUGACAAUGUAAUGACGGCUGAUACUAAAGUCGCGGAAGGCGUGGAGGAAGUCGGAAAGGCUCAAACCUACCAAAAAAAGGCUUCAAGAAAAUUGUUAUUCAUCCUCUUGAUCGUUGGGGCCGUUUUCAUUGUUCUCGCCGUCAUCGUAGCGAUUAUCCUCGCAGUACAUUUCUCGAAAAAAGACAACGGCAAUAAUUGA